AUGUCAAUUGACAUCUCCAGUUGCCUUGAGCUAUCCACUAUCCUUCUCCUUAUCCUUUCCUCUAUCAUUUCUACCUGCUCCAUAUUCCUUUCUCCUCAUCCUUUCCCUCUAAAAGGAACCUGCUCCAUAUUCCUUUCUCCUCAUCCUUUCCCUCUAUCAUUCCUACCUGCUCCACUAUCCUUUCUCCUCAUCCUUUCCUCUAUCAUUCCUACCUGCUCCACUAUCCUUUCACCUUAUUCUUUCCUCUAUCAUUCCUACCUGCUCUACUAUCCUUUCUCCUCAUCCCCUUUCCUCUAUCAUUCCUACCUGCUCCACUAUCCUUUCACCUUAUUCUUUCCUCUAACAUUCCUACCUGCUCUACUAUCCUUUCUCCUCAUCCUUUCCUACCUGCUUCACUAUCCUUUCACCUUAUUCUUUCCUCUAACAUUCCUACCUGCUCUACUAUCCUUUCUCCUCAUCCUUUCCUCUAUCAUUUCUACCUGCUCCAUAUUCCUUUCUCCUCAUCCUUUCCUCUAUCAUUUCUACCUGCUCCAUAUUCCUUUCUCCUCAUCCUUUCCUCUAUCAUUCCUACCUGCUCCACUAUCCUUUCUCCUCAUCCUUUCCUCUAUCAUUCCUACCUGCUCCACUAUCCUUUCACCUUAUUCUUUCCUCUAUCAUUCCUACCUGCUCUACUAUCCUUUCUCCUCAUCCUUUCCUCUAUCAUUCCUACCUGCUCCACUAUCCUUUCACCUUAUUCUUUCCUCUAACAUUUCCUACCUGCUCUAA